CUGUGUAUGUGUUUAUGAUCAUCCUGCUCUGCAGUUGACUCCUCAACCACGACCGAGUUCGACUUCAAUCACAUUUCCCUUGAUCUAGAUGGCUUCACUCUGACCCUGAUACAAGCACUCGAUUAAUUACAUAGGUAGGUUUCUGGCGGCAGAGCUCCAUUCUUCUUCUUUCGCGUUAGUGCUGCGUUAGCUAACUGGGGAGGUAGACGCUUUCGCACGGCUCACAGAACUAGUAUUGAGUUCUGUACCCAGUGCUGUCCGUGUGGUUGUAUGCUGGUCCUGUCAGAGUCCAGAAUGUGCAUGGCUUUGCUUGGGAUGUGGCAGUUUCCUUUCACUAUACUGUUGUACAUGCGCGCUGGCAGCAUCAUGCAUGAGUUAGUGAGCUCCUGCGGCGGCCAGAGUCGCCUCCCCACACCACCGUUGUUUCACAUCGUGACCAGCCGGACGUUAAACGAGUCAUUUGCAGGUGAUUUGUAUUGGCGAUGGGUACGAUCGCGGAGCUGAUGUAGUUGCCCGCUCAACAUAGGGCUGUUCACGUAAAUACAAGUCAAGACGGAAAAGUCCAAUCAUGUCGAUCAUGCACAUACCCCAGAAAUUUGAGACAAGACGCCGAGCAUGGGGAUUGCAUUUGUCGUCAAGCCACGACGCGUAAGUCAGAGCCGUCUUGGGAGCGGACCAUUUCCGG